CCGGAGCCCGGGGUUCACGCGAGUGCGCGCAAGGAGUGAAAAUCGAUCGUCCGUAUCGUGGUAGCGUCGUUUCUACCGUCGUUCGCUGUCGGCUAAGUCGGCUUACGUUUCCUCCUGUUUUACAAGCUACACAGGACGCGCAAUCCUGUUCAGGUCCCUUAAAAUGGUGAAGAUGGAGCACGAUGAUGGUAAAAACGAGCCGGAACACGUUAGGAAGCUGUUCAUUGGCGGCUUGGAUUAUAGAACAACGGACGAUUCGCUUAAGAAGCAUUUCGAGCAAUGGGGAGAGAUAGUGGAUGUGGUGGUUAUGAAAGAUCCCAAAACGAAACGUUCGAGAGGUUUUGGCUUCAUCACCUAUUCUCGUGCUCACAUGGUGGACGAUGCUCAGAACGCCAGGCCUCACAGAGUAGAUGGUAGAGUGGUUGAGCCUAAGAGAGCAGUCCCUAGGCAAGAAAUUGGCCGGCCGGAAGCGGGGGCUACCGUGAAGAAACUCUUCGUAGGUGGCUUGAAGGACGAUCAUGAAGAGGAAGACCUCAGGCAGUACUUUCAGAGUUACGGCAGCAUAAACUCGAUCAGCAUAGUGACUGACAAAGAGACUGGCAAGAAACGCGGCUUCGGCUUUGUCGAAUUCGAUGAUUAUGAUCCUGUCGACAAAAUCUGUCUGCAGCGUAAUCAUCAGAUACGCGGCAAACACGUUGACGUCAAAAAGGCUUUAAGCAGAGCUGAAAUGGCGUCCGCUUCUGGAGGCGGUGGCGGCAGUGGUGGUGGCAGCCGCGGUGGCCAAGGCGUAGGCAGGGGACCCCGUGGUGGUAAUCAGGGCGGCGGUAGCUGGGGAGGACGCGGUAGCGGUGGCGGCAGCAGUGACUGGAACAACGGCGGUAAUCAGGGUGGAUACGGUGGAGGUAAUCAAGGAGGUUGGGGAGGUAAUGGACCUUGGGAGAAUCAGAAUCAAGGAGGAGGAGGCUGGAACCAAAGCGGGCAGGGUGGCUACAACAGCGGCGGUAAUUGGAGCAAUGACAACUUCGGUGGUGGUUAUCAACAGGGUUACGGGGGUGGUCCAGUGCGCAACAAUUUCAAUUCCGGUGGUAGAGCAGCGCCAUACGGUAUUAAUUCGGGUCCUAGCGGACGUCAGUCCGGAGACUCAAGAUGGUUACCACCCUUCAGCGGACAAGGGCCUAUGGGUGGCGGAAAUUCCGGUGGCGGUGGCGGAUACGGAAACCAAGGUGGUUACGGUGGUAAUUCUCUCGGAGGUGGAAACAUGGGUGGUGGCGGUGGUGGUGGAGGAGGCGGCAGUGGAAGGAGAUAUUAAGAAAAUAGCAUGCGCGCAUAUCGCUGACCCUUCUCGCUGGUAAGCAAAACUAUAAUUAUUUUAGUAUAAUAUCGAUUCGCUACUUCAAAACCGUUCAUUUGAAAUUACGGCGAUCGCGAAAUUCCGGGAAUGCCGAGUUAUUUCUCACAGAAUCUUUAAUCAGGUUUAUGCAUCAUUAAAUAGUACGGACGUUUUAGUUUUCUUCAUAGAUUACAUAUUAUAUUUAUGUCAAUACGUUAAUUGUGAUUUACAUAUUUAUAACUUUCAUAUACACAUGGAUUAGUUUGUUUUAAAUA